GACAUGCCUCAGUGACUCCUGCUGCAUAGGUUUUAAACCUGCACAAGAGGCAGAGGGAAUCAGAGUGGAGGGAUAUAAUAGCAGCUGCUGGACAGAAAAAAACUGAGCAGCAAGUGACUCAAGGUAUUUUUUAUUUAUUUAUUUAUUUAUUUUUUACUUUUGAGAGAAGGUAUAGGAGGUCUGUGUGUGAAGAGGUGACUCAGGAGAGAGAAGUCUUCAGGAGUGGGACUACCCAGCAGUGGAAGCUUCUUCCAGGGUAGGAUAGAGAUCAUCAGCAGCUUCCUCUCCUCUCCGCUGGGAGUCAGAGCCAGGAUCCAGAGCUAUGGAGCCCUCCAUGUCGGCCGAGGUCGAGGACGAGCCCAGAGAGAGGAAGAAGAUCCAAUUUGCUGUGCCGUCCUCUGCACCCACCAACCUGGACCCUCGGCAAGUGGAGAUGAUCCGACGCAGGAGGCCCACACCUGCCACGCUCUUCAGAGUGGCUGACCAGCCGUCUCCUGAGGAUGAUCAGUCCACUCAUCAGGUAAAGUGGGUUGUGGGAGAGAACGGCAUCCUCAAACCAAAGCGCGUGAAUCCAAAUGUGUACCAGCCUCCAUCACUCAAAGCUGUGCAGAAGAUGGCAGAAGCGCACAUGCAGAACUUAGGUGUCUAUCCUUUGGAGGGGGAGGAGGAUGAGGAUGAGGACCACUGGCAGGGAGAGGAGGGGGAGGAUGCGUCUCCCGCCAAAACCGCUGAUCAUCAAGAGACGGCGACCUCUGAACCCAUUUCCGGCGUGAGAGGGGCAGCCAAGGAGAUCGAAGCGGCGCAGGAGGAAGAUGAAGAGAAGGAGGACGAGGAAGAGGACAAAAUCAAGAAAAACAAUCGGGAGUGUAACUAAGAGGAGAGCGGGGGAGAACAUUUGGAGGGAAGACAUGGGGGAGAGAGAGAUGGUGUUGUGUCAAAUGGUUUAAAAUCUGACAAAACUCCGAGAAAUGAAGAAAUCUUUGAAUGUGUGGAGUCACCCUUGAUGCUGACAAGAGGGCUGAAGGUCAACUGACUGGUAGAUAAUUUUGUGAAUGUGUUGAGGGAGAAAAAGCCUUCUGUACCACUUCACUCCUAAAGGGUCUAGGUGCAUUUAAAAGAGAGGACAUAA